AUGUCCGCUGCUCUAGUGAACAGAUCAUUAACAACAGUGAGAACGGAGUUGGAGUUUUUGCGUGAUUCAGAAAUCAUUACUGAUGCCCUCUACAUAAAGUUAGUUGAGGCUUUACCUCAGAAAUACAAAAAGGAUGAAAAGCCAUGGGACGUUGAUGCUUUACAAAUUGGUACAGCUUCUAAAAAGGAAGAGUUUUCGCCACCAGCAAAUCCACCAGCUCCAUCAUUCGAAGAGAAAUCAAAUAAGUUAGUGCAAGAGUUUGCCAACACUCGUAUUUCACCGCCUGACUACCCACCAGCUCCACCUCGUUCUGGGCCUAAACCAGUUGGAUACUGUGCUGCUUUGUUUGAUUACGCUGCACAAGAACCAGACGAUUUGAGUCUAAGUAAAGGAGACAAAUUGGCCGUUGUUGAACACUUAUCGGAAGAUUGGUGGAAGGGGUACAAAGCAGGAUCUACCCCAGAGAAGGCUGGUGUAUUCCCUUCAAAUUAUGUGAAAGUGAUUUCAGAAGUAGAAUUUAACUCAUCUGAAAACAGAUUGGCUGCACCACGUCCAUCACCACCAUCACUGCAGAAUUCUUAUUCAUCAUAUGGCCCACCAGGUUACAAUCAACCUCCAUCACUGAACCAGCCUUCCUAUGGAGGUUACGCACAGUACCCACCACCAUCAACAAACUACUAUCCUCCCCAACCAUAUCAACAACCACCACCACAACAGGUUGUAGUGGCUCCUGAGCAACAACAACAAUCAAGUGGACAUGAUCGUGUUAAGAAAUAUGGAAGUCGUUUUGGAGAAGCUGCGUUAUUUGGUGCUGGUGCAUCAGUUGGUGCCAACAUUGUCAAUUCUAUUUUAUAG